AUGGCCCCUCCGCCGCAGCCGAAGCCGCCGACGCGCUGGCCGCGCGUCGGCGUCGGCGUCCUCAUCGUCAAGGGCGACACGAUCCUCGUCGGCAAGCGCAAGGGGAGCCACGGCGCCGGGCAGUACGCCCUCCCGGGCGGGAAGCUCGAGUGGAAAGAGACGUGGGAGGCGUGCGCGCGAAGGGAGGUCCUGGAGGAGACCGGGAUCGUCCUGAAGGGUCCGGUGGAGUACGCGCACACGUGCGAGGCGGUCAUCGACGAGGAUAACCACUGGAUCACGGUCUUCAUGCGCGCGGAGGUGACGCGAGCGACGCAGCCGGUCAACUUGGAGCCUGACAAGUGCGAGGGAUGGGAGUGGGUGAAGUGGGACGGCGUGGGGAUGCCGCGGUUCAAGCCGCUGGACAUCAUCUUAAACUCGAGGUACACGCCGUUCGCGCCCGCGGAGGAGGGCGGCGCGGAGUGA